CACACUUACAUGUGGAGCCUCAGUUGUAGCCAGACAUCAUAACAACGUUUAAGCUUUUUGGUUUAAAUUGAUCAUUCGUAGAUAUCUUGUAGGUAACUAAAUUAGACAUGACCUCAAGUUGUCGAAGACCCGAGCAUAUGGCUCCGCCUGAAAUUUUCUAUAACGAAGAGGAGGCCAAGAAAUAUUCUCAGAAUUCUCGGAUUAUUGAGAUCCAGAGCCAGAUGUCUGAGAGAGCUGUGGAGCUGCUGAACCUGCCAGAGGACCAGCCCUGUUUUCUGCUAGAUGUAGGGUGUGGCUCCGGGCUAAGUGGGGACUACCUGUCAGAGGAGGGACAUUGCUGGGUUGGAGUGGACAUCAGCACAGCCAUGUUGGAUGUAGCGCUGGACCGGGAGGUGGAGGGAGACCUUGUGUUGGGGGAUAUGGGUGAGGGAUUGCCCUUCAGGCCUGGGACCUUUGAUGGUUGCAUCAGUAUUUCUGCUCUCCAGUGGCUCUGCAAUGCUGACAAAAAGACUCACAGCCCCCACAAGAGGCUCUACACCUUCUUCAGUACACUCUACUCCUCCCUGUCAAGAGGAGCCCGUGCAGUGUUUCAGCUUUACCCAGAGAACUCUGAGCAGCUGGAGCUGAUUACAUCCCAGGCCAUGAAGGCAGGCUUCAGUGGAGGCAUGGUGGUGGACUAUCCUAACAGCACCAAGGCCAAAAAGUUCUUCCUGUGUCUGUUCGCUGGGUUUUCAGGAACACUACCCAAGGGGUUAGGGUCAGAGACAGUGGACAGGGGCGUCCCAAGUCAAGUCCAAUUCACAGGACAGAGAUCUCGCUUUAAGAACAUGAAGGGCAAGUCUGCAAAGAAGGGAAAAGACUGGAUCCUAGAGAAGAAGGAGAGGAGGAGAAGACAGGGCAGGGAAGUCCGAGCUGACACAAAGUACACUGCCCGGCAGAGAAGACCUCACUUCUAAACCCCCAGUCAGUCCUGUGUGUUCCAGCAUGGAGGUUCACACUCAUGGAGUACUACUGUCUUUCCUGUGUGACCAGAGGAGCUGUGACCGGCAAGAUUUAGACUCAAAUGGACUCAAAUCAAUCCUACUCACUAAAAAACGGGUGGAUUAAAAUCAUAUUUCCCCCCAUUUAUAAAUUGACGAUUGUUUUCUUCCAGGAGUUGUCUAUCAAUGGAAUGGAAAUUAAUUCAUGUAAAUUUGAGAAUGCGAUUCCCACCCACGCUGGUGACUACCAGUUGCUGUGGUUACCUAGACUGGUUGCUAGGCUUUUAUUUAGCUAUAACAUUCCUAGACGGGCCAGUUUCUGUCCAGAGGAUUGGGACCGUUUCCUAGAGAGGGGCCAGUUUCUGUACUUUCCACUCCUUGUGGUGUCAUGUGCCACUGGAGCAUAAGGAGUGGAAAGUUGUAGCUGAACAGAGACUGGCCACCAGUCUAAUGCUUAUCUUGCCCCCUAUCCUCUGGACAGAAACUGUCCCCUGUCCUCUGGACAUAAACUGGCCCCUCUAGGAUAUGGCCCCUAUCCUCUGGACAUAAACUGGCCCCUCUAGGAUAUGGCCCCUAUCCUCUGGACAGAAACUUGCCCCUCUCUAGGACAUGGCCCCUAUCCUCUGGACAGAAACUGGCCCCUCUCUAGGACAUGGCCCCUAUCCUCUGGACAGAAACUGGCCCCUCUCUAGGACAUGGCCCCUAUCCUCUGGACACAAACUGGCCCCUCUCUAGGACAUGGCCCCUAUCCUCUGGACAGAAACUGGCCCCUCUCUAGGACAUGGCCCCUAUCCUCUGGACAGAAACUGGCCCCUCUCUAGGACAUGGCCCCUAUCCUCUGGACAGAAAUGGCCCCUCUCUAGGACAUGGACCGGUAGACUGCAAAUAAAAUAUUCCCCUCUCUGA